UUUCUGCCCACCUGAGUGAAGCAUCAGCCGCGGUGAAUGACGCACUGCACUCUGCUCAUCUCUAGGGACAUCACAAACACAACACACUCUCACACACUCACUCACGGGUUUAGUGUGGGUGGAGAGACACACAUCCUACUCAGACAUGGACCUGACGGACUCCACGGCGCGUGUUUGAUCGUUCAGUGUGUUUUAUAAUCUUAGAGAGAGAGAGAAGCGCAGGUGAAUUGUUAGCUGAAUCAUGACCUCGCGGCGUCUGUUGUGCUCUCUUCACGUGACGCGCAUGUUUUAGUUUACAAAUAAGCGUAAAAACGUCCCGCAAAACAUUACGAUGAAGGACACUGCAGAAUCAAAGGAUCAACAGCUGACAGUGGCCCUGCGGAUUCGGCCAUUGAGUGAUGCUGAGCUGGAAGAAGGAGCCACUAUUAUAGCCCACAAAGUGGAUGAGCAGGUCAGAGGAAUGGUGGUGUUGAUGGACCCUAUGGAAGAUCCAGAUGAUAUUCUUCGAGCUAAUCGGUCCAGAGAGAAGACUUAUAUGUUUGAUGUGGCCUUCGACUAUACAGCCACGCAGGACGAGGUGUACAGAUCCACCACUAAAGGCUUGAUUGAAGGUCUCAUAUCAGGCUACAAUGCCACUGUUUUUGCCUACGGACCCACAGGUUGUGGGAAGACUUACACCAUGCUAGGAACAGACAGAGAACCUGGUAUCUAUGUUCGCACAUUAAACGACCUGUUCAAAGCCAUCGAAGAAACCAGCGAUGACAUGCAGUACAGUGUCUCGAUGUCCUACUUGGAGAUCUACAAUGAGAUGAUAAGAGACUUACUGAAUCCAUCAUCUGGGUUCCUGGACCUGAGAGAAGACUCAAAAGGAGAGAUACAGGUCGCAGGAAUCACAGAGGUCUCCACUAUUAAUGCAAGAGAGAUCAUGGAGUUGUUAGUGAAGGGAAACAAGCAGAGAACUCAAGAACCGACAGCAGCCAAUCAGACAUCUUCACGCUCUCACGCUGUGCUGCAGGUGGCCGUGCGCCAACAGAGUCGAUGUCGAGACAUCCUGCAGGAAGUGCGAUUUGCACGACUCUUCAUGAUCGAUCUAGCAGGAUCUGAACGGGCUUCACAGACACAGAACAGGGGUCAGAGGUUAAAAGAGGGCGCCCAUAUCAACCGAUCUCUGCUGGCGCUGGGGAACUGCAUCAAUGCUUUGAGCGAAAAGAAUGGCAACAAAUACGUCAACUACAGAGACAGCAAGCUCACGCGAUUGCUCAAGGAUUCUCUAGGAGGAAACAGUCGGACGGUGAUGAUUGCUCACAUAAGCCCUGCAUCUCUAGCCUUCGAGGAUUCACGAAAUACCCUGACUUAUGCCGACCGUGCCAAAAGCAUCCGCACACGGGUAAAGAGAAACCUGUUGAAUGUGUCCUAUCACAUCGCCCAGUACACCAGCAUCAUCUCUGACCUGCGCAGCGAGAUUCAGCGGCUGAAGAAAAAGAUAGCAGACCAGGCCAGUAGACAGCUCAACCCGGACAGAACAGACAUCCGCCAUGUUCAAGCGGAGGUGCAGGCUCACUCUUCUCAGCAGAGCCGGGCUGAGAUGGACCAACUGCGGGAGAAGCUGAUCGAUGCGUUUAGACAGCAGAUGGACAUCAGGAAGCGUCUUAUGGAGCUGGAAAACAGCAACAUGGAAAUCCAGAUAGACACAUCCAAACACCUGCUGACAAUCGCAGAUCUGUCUCCAUCUAGCUGGGAGCAAGAGCGCUUUAGGAGAAGAAAGAAGUGGCAGGGGGAGAGAAGGAAGGAGACUUUUAAUAAGGAUGAAAGCGAAAAAGACUCAGACUCGCCAGAAUCUUUGCCUGACAGCACAGAGACACAAGAGGUGGCCAUUGCCAGAGAGAACCUUGUCACGCUCAUGACCGAGCAGAAGAAAAUACAAAAACAGAAGGCCGGAUUGGAGCAGCGCCUGGCAGAGCUGAGAGAGAAGGCUCGACAUCUCGAAGAGCUUCUCCCCCGCCGUGUGAGCUCAGAGGAGCAGAGGGAAGUGCUUUGCCUCCUCUGCAAGGUCCACGAGCUGGAGAUCGAGAACGCAGAGAUGCAGUCCAGCGCGCUGCUCAAGGAUAACGUGAUCCGACAGAAAAAUGUGGUAGUGCAGCGUUUUGAACAGCACAGACACCUCUGCCAUGAGAUCAUCCAGCAGCAGCGGCAAUUUAUCGAUGAUCACAGUCUCCUAGUCCCUCCUCAUCUUCAAGAGCUGUAUGAGAUGUACAUGAAGGAAAUGGAUGAGAAGAACUUGGACAGAGUUGUGGCCCUGGAUAAGUUCACCAUUCGUACUCUUAAGGAGGGUUCCCUGCCCAAGAUCACCCUCCCCAGUAGAGUUCGUGACCCCUUGCAGGAGAUGGAUUCAGACCAAGAGAGUGUUCGCACAUUGGGCUCGGACAACAGACAAGGGCGGACAAAACUGAGGAGACACACGCUGCCUCCGAUUCUCCCAGAGCCUGAUGGAGACCGAGUGUUUAAGAGCAGUCACAAACAGAUGAAGAACUCUGUAGUAAUGACUCCUCCACCCAUUCACAUCAAUGGCCAGGGCAACAGAGAGCUGUUGCCAUCUGUCCUGGAUGACGCUCUGAGAUUCAGCCAUCUCAGUCACAGUAUGAGCAGCCAUCUGGACUCCUCACCUGAGAGCAGCGAGAACGGCACAGAUGCCCCUCUGACUCCUAAAGAGAGACAGCAGAUUCUAAGAGGUGUGCAGAGCAUUGCGGUCAAGGCUGCUCGGCGCCGCUCUAAGGUCCUAGAAAUAGAUGCCCUGCGAUUGCCCCCGCCACCCUCACCCCUAGACCCCAAGAAGCACAAGAGUAACCUGUCUCUGUCCGAGGCGUCCCCUAAAGGCCCAGUGCUACGGCGCGGGAGACAGCCCAGCCCAGAACUACGCCACGCCACCUCUGAUGACAACCUGUCCAGCAGCACGGGAGACGGCCCCGCACCCAAUGGCACGUGGACGCGGCCACGGAACCGCCAGGCUGUCAAGAACCCCGCCCCACGGGAGCAGGACUUUGAGGGUCGCAGACGCAAGAGACGAUCUCGAUCAUUUGAAGUCACAGGACAAGCUCUGUCUCAGGCGAAGAACACCAGCCAGCGAUUUCGUCCCCUUGACAGCACUUCUGAUCCCCACCUGCACAUUAACGGUCACCCCCCAGCCCCCAUCCUGCGUCCCCAACACAGAGCCCAACCUCAGCUUGCUAAAGCUCGACCCUCUCACAACAUCCACCAAACAGGAUCAACAGCAGAUGUCACUUCCUCCAACCUGCCCUCACACCUCAUUAAGCGUGGUCCCCAAACCAGGCAACUUCAGCCUCUCCUGUACGUCACAACCACUGGAACAGGGGGCCAGCGCACCCGCAAACACUGAAGAAGACCAUAAGCCCUGUCCUGAUAGACUGUCUCCUCUCGCCCCAGCAUCAGCACUAUGGACACUAUGGAAAACAUGUAAAGACCAAGUGGAAGGUUUCUUCAUUUAUACAAAUGGAAGAGCCGUACCAUGGAUGAAAGAAUGUGAAUGAUAGAGCUACAAAGACUAUGAUGCUACCUGGGUUUUUGCUAAAAUGCUCCUAGCUUUUCUGUGAAGACAGGUGACUUGCCAUGUCUGCUUUUAAUUUUUUGAGCCCAAUCCCAUUGGCUUCUGUAAGUGGCAAAAUUUGAUUGUCAUGAAUUCAGUGGCCUUGACUUAUGUCAAAACGUCUCACAAUGACAUGCAAACAUAUUCCUUUAAAGCCGAGCCAAUGCGACAGAGGAUAAAACCUGCCUCAGAUGCCUUCUGGUUGAAUAUUUAUAUAUCAGGCCUUAUGUUGACAACUGAAAUUCAUUAAGCAGUUCCCAAAAAACUUAUUUAAAUCUGCAGAAAUGAAAUGGUGAUGCUUGUUUAUGCGACUGAGGAAUCAGAUAUACCCCUCUCAUUCCCCAGGGAGCAAUAUAUAUGUCACAGCUUCGGUUUCUGUGAAAGUAUUACUCCCUCCGGCCUUGCACAAAUGAAUGUACUGUCACAUUGCUUAUGAUUCAUAUGUCUGGCUCCUGUGACCGUUCCAUUUACUGAUGUCAUUUUGUGUUUACUGUUAAUAAUCAAUGUAAAUUUGCCUUCACUGUCAUGCAGGUUUCAGUUUUCUCUAAAAAUCCUUUUGGGUUUGUGUUAGUUCUUAGUACCAGACAAGGUGGCAUAUUUAAUGUAGUUCAUAUCCUCAGUGGAAUGUUUGUAAUCAAAAAAAGAAAAGAAAAAAAUAAUAUGGCUGCCUUUUCUUUGAAAAGACUGUAUUUUUUGUUUUUCAUAAUUAUACAUGCAUAGACACUUUUUCUACUCUUAAUUUUAUACCUUUUUUGUAACCAAAUAAAUUUGAUUGACAAAGUGA